AUGUUCUUCGGUGGCUUUCCAGGAGGCGACUUCCCCGGGAUGGGUGGCAAGGGCGGAGGCCGGUCCAAAAAUGCGGACACGACCAAGUUCUACAAGCUACUCGAAGUGGACAAGAAUGCCUCUGAGGCUGACAUCAAGAAGGCAUACAGAAAGCUGGCCGUGAAGCACCACCCUGACAAGGGCGGUGACCCCGAGAAGUUCAAGGAGAUCACCCGAGCUUACGAGGUGUUGAGCGAUGCUGACAAGCGAGAGAAGUACAACCGUUUUGGUGAGGAAGGCCUGGAUAAUGACGGGCCCGGUGACGCUUCCGACAUCUUUGAAGCCUUCUUCGGAGGAGGAGGUGGCCGUCGGGGAGGCCAGCGCAAACGCCAGAAGACCAAGGACGUUGUGCAGAACCUCAAGGUCACCCUCGAGCAGAUGUACGCCGGUGCCACCAAGAAGAUGGCUAUCACCCGACAGGUCAUCGACAAGAAGAAGGGCGUCCAGGAGUGCCGCGACUGUGACGGCCGCGGCGUGAAAGUUGAGGUCGUGCGCAUGGGGCCCAUGAUCCAGCAGAUGCAGUCGCAGUGCCACUCUUGCGGAGGUCAGGGUAAGAGCUUCCAAACCAAGCAGGAGAGGGAGGUGCUCGAGGUCCACGUGCAGAAAGGUUCCCCUGAUGGCCAUAAGGUCACGUUCAGGGAAAUGGCUGACGAGCACCCGGAUGCGGAUGCUGGAGAUGUGAUCUUCGUGUUGAAGCAGCAGGAGCACGCAGACUUCAAGAGGAAAGGGGCCGACCUCUAUGUGGAGCGCAAGAUUUCACUGGUUGAGGCCUUGUGCGGCUUCCAGAUGGAACUUACGCACCUUGAUGGCCGCAAGCUGUUGAUCAAGACGCAGCCAGGUGAGAUCGUGAAACCCAUGGCCCAGGGCUUUGAUCCCUUGGCCAAGGAGGACAGCAAGACUGAGUGGGAAGUCAUCGAAGAUGCGGAUUGCCCAUCCAUCGAGAACGUCGCACAGGCAGACACCACCGAUGUUGACACGCUGAAGAAGGCGUGUGAAACACAGCUCAAGCGAAAGGGCAUCGAUGUGGGAUGCUUCGUCGUAGAUGGCCAGCGUGCCUACUUCAAGCAGUGCUCUCGUGAAGAGGCGCUGCAGGCCAAGAAGACUCGCCGCGGCAGCACGAUGUAUCUUGUCUCCGAUCCAGAUGCCAAGAAGGCCUUCCGCAUGAUGAAGGCUGUCAAGGACGAGGGCAUGCCGACAUACAAAAAUCCGUUUGUCCAUGGCAACCUGUUCCUGAUCCUUACCAUCGAGUUCCCAGACUCACUGUCUCCAGAGAACCAGACGGCCAUGGCAAAACUGCUGCCGCCGCCGCUGAACGUGCCAAAGUGGCCGGAGGAUGCACAGGAUGUGGAAAUCCACACCGUGACUGACAUAGACCCGGUGCAGUCCUUCAACUCCAACAAGGUCAACAUGCAAGCAGGCGGUGAGGCCUACGAUGAUGAUGAGGCGCAUCAUGCGUUCGCCGCUUUGUAG